AUGAUCAGAAGUACAUGUUACCCUGUCAGUUGCAAGUUGCAAUAUAUAGUCAGAAGUACAUGUAACCCUGUCAGUUGCAAGUUGCAAUAUAUAGUCAGAAGUACAUGUCACCCUGCCAGUUGCUACUUGCAAUAUAUGAUCAGAAGUACAUGUAACCCUGUCAGUUGCAAGUUGCAACAUAUGAUCAGAAGUACAUGUAACUCUGUCAGUUACAACUUACAUUAUAUGAUCAGAAGUACAUGUUACCCUGUCAGUUGCAACUUGCAAUAUAUGAUCAGAAGUACAUGUUACCCUGUCAGUUGCAACUUGCAAUUCAUAGUCAAAAGUACAUGUAACCCUGUCAGUUGCAACUUACAUUAUAUAGUCUGAAGUACAUGUAACCUUGUCAGUUGCAAUUUGCAACAUAUGAUCAGAAGUACAUGUAACCCUGUCAGUUGCAACUUGCAAUAUAUGAUCAGAAGUACAUGUUACCCUGUCAGUUGCAACUUGCAAUAUAUGAUCAGAAGUACAUGUUACCCUGUCAGUUGCAACUUGCAAUAUAUGAUCAGAAGUACAUGUUACCCUGUCAGUUGCAACUUGCAAUAUAUGAUCAGAAGUACAU